AUGACGCCUAAACGGAAGGCAAAAUAUAACAUCAUUCUGUAGACAACCAGUUCAGAAUCAACAUCAACAACCAGUUCAGGCUCUUCAUCGAGUAGUUCGUCUAGUUCAGGCAGUGAGUCUAGCUCGUCAGACUCAGAGAACUCCAGUAGUUCUGCCAACAGUCAAAAAGCAUCUGAUACAGACAAAAACAAGAAAAAAGCACCUUUCUCAGCCAUCCGUCAUGUCAAGCCCAAAGCAGAAACAGCGACUGUACCGCCAUUGGAGAAUAAAAAUAAAGAUAGACAACCACCAAAAUCCAGGCCGUCGAUGUAUUCCUCUGAGUCUGAAGAGUCACCCAGCAAAGCAAAAUCACCACAGAAGCGGAAACCACCAGCUAAACCAAAAGCUACUGCUACUGUAGCACCAGUUGUUAAGACGCAGAGAUCUCCCAUAAAGCCUGCGUCUAUAUCAGGACAGCAUAAAGCUGCAUCUGUUCCAAAACCUGUCAAUGCCAAGCUCAACAAAUUUUCUGGUUCUACAAGUGUCAAUAACAAAUCUUCUGAGAAAUCUGGGAAAACAACGGAACCUGUCCAGAAGAAAUUAAAGAAGAAAAGCAUAUUCAGUCCAGAAAAUAGUAGCGAAAGUGACAGCGGCGUUUCGGCGAAAGUUAGUGCAGUGAAGCCAACAAAUAAUUCUGCAAAAUGUUCCAAAAAUCCACCUGCAAAAGUGAAAUUGAGUGACACCAAGCAAAAAUCCAUAACAUCAAGCAGACCCGUCGUGAAGCCUGUGCAACCACAGAAGUCAGAAAGUUCCGCAAGUUCUAAGAGUUCUGGUGGUUCGGCAUCCUCGGGUAGUUCAGACAGUACUUCUGAUUCAGAAUCAUCCGAAAGUGUUACCAGUUCUCAGCCUCAACCAAAAAAGAAAGAAGUGCAAUCUAGUACACUAACGAGUAGUACUGUAACGAGUGUAUCGUCUAAGAGACCCUCGGCGGCAGUCGCUCCGGUAAAACCGCAAAAAACAGUUACAAGACGGCAAGGUGCUAUAAAGAGCGACAACGAUGGAGAUGCAUCUGCGAGUGAGAAGGAUAUGGAUGAAGCUUCAUCUUCUAAAACAAUGACGAAAGGCAAGCGGAAACUGCAGACACGCAAAGGAAGUAAAUUGCUCCAAUUACAAACGAAGGUAGACAGCGAUUCCGAAUCUGAUACAGCUGAAAGCAAGAGGAGCACGAGUAAAUCGCCUGUUAAACGCGUUGGACCGUCUGCUGCCGCCAGACAAUCCUCUAGUAGAUCUACACAAAAUAGCAAUACAUCUAAUACCACAGGUAGUAGAACAAAUCAAGCAUCUUGUAAUCAAGCAUCUGCAUCGCAACAAGAAGAACGUGAAUGUCCGUUGGCUGCGUCCUGCAAUUCACGAGGUCAUCUCGCUGGAAAACUUGAUUCGCACUUUACUUUGGAAGCGUGUCCACUGUAUCACAAUACCACGCUUCAGGCUUGUGUAGAAUUUUAUAAAGAGAGAAAGAAACGAGAAGAAGAACGUAAAAAGGCGAUAAUAAAUCUAACCAAGAAACCCAAAGGUGUUCAUCAAACUACCGAGCAGCGCAAUUAUCAACUCAAAGUAAGAGAAAUGAGAAACAAAUGGAAAGGCAAUACUGGUGAUGGUAAUGAUAGCGAUAGCGGCGGUGAAUCGCAGGGGAACGAAAAAGAUAAACAGCCUCGACUCAACAAUCUCACACCUGAUUAUGACUUGAAACUGUUUAUGGAAGCUCAGGCAAUAGCCAGUGAAAAAGUCGAAAAAGAGUCACAAGAAUUUGAUUACGGAGAAGGUAAAAAUGGUGGCACCAGAUUCGUCGAAAUGGGAAAAUGGGAAAUGAAAGUUUGGUAUCAAAGUCCGUAUCCCGAGGAAUAUAGUCGUGCUCCUAAGCUUUAUCUCUGUGAAUAUUGUCUGAGGUAUGCGAAAAGCCGUCAAGUUUUGAGGAGACAUCGAGAAAAAUGUCUGUGGAAGCAUCCACCAGGACAUGAAGUAUACAGGAAGGACAAGAUUGGUGUGUGGGAAGUAGACGGUAAGAGAUACAAGCAGUAUUGUCAGAAUCUCUGCUUGCUGGCCAAAUUCUUUCUGGAUCAUAAAACGUUAUACUACGAUGUCGAGCCGUUUCUUUUCUACGUUAUGACGAUUGGUGAUUCUGAAGGCUGUCAUACCGUCGGAUACUUCAGCAAAGAGAAGAACUCCUUCCUGAAUUACAACGUGUCCUGUAUUUUAACGCUACCGCCUUACCAGAGACAAGGCUAUGGCCGGCUGCUCAUUGACUUCAGUUACUUGCUCACGAGAGUCGAGAAGAAAAUUGGUUCACCGGAGAAGCCUCUUUCGGAUCUCGGCCUGAUCUCGUAUCGCAGCUACUGGAAAGACGUUCUACUGCAGUAUCUCUGCAAUUUCGGCGGCAAGGAGAUCUCCGUAAAAGACAUCAGUAAAGAAAUGGCCAUCGACUCAUAUGAUAUUGUCAGCACUUUACAGGCCCUUGGUAUGAUGAAGUACUGGAAGGGCAAGCAUAUCAUUCUGAAGAAACAGGACGUGAUCGAUGAUUACAAAGAGAGGGUGAAGAGACGGGGCCCCGUCUACAAAGAGAUCGAUCCGGAGUGUCUGAAAUGGAACCCCUUCCAGCCACCCAAGACGCCCUCCGCCUCGAACUAAGGUCUCGCCAGGAGCUUGGAAGUACGCCACCUUCUUCUCCCCUCGUCUGUCUUCUCUCUUCAUGGUGCUACGGUCGAUUCUCGCAUUCCUUCUCGUCGUCGUCAUCACCGUCGUCAUCGUCGUCGUCUUUAUCUACAUUUCCGACCUUCUCAUCGGCUCACGCAGCGCGUGGAAGCCAUAAGCCGCCACCGACGGAUUUCACGCCCGUAACGUAAUGACGGAGAGAGCCGUGAAAAUCCUUCUAGGAAUUCCUC